AUGCCAGGGAGCUCGCGCAUUCCUCAGAGCCUCCGCGGCAGUCUGGAGAGCGUCAAGCGCCGCAGACAGGCGCUCUCCCUCAGCGUGAUCAACCUGGACCUCCUCAAGAACAUCCUUUUCUUCUUCUUCGUGCUCCGGUAUACCCGGCGGCUGUGGUGGAAGCUCAAGGGCCGAGGCAUCAUCGGCGCCAUCCUCGAGCUGUACCGCGACAUUGAGCGGACGCUGUAUGGCUACUUUCUGCGGGCGCCGGGCGUGCGCGGCCAGGUGCAGAAGAAGGUCAAGGAAUCGCUCGAGAAAAUGUCCAGCAAGCUGGUGCCCCCGGGCCAGACGAGAUACCUGACGCUGCCAAAGGAGGGCAUGACGGACGAGGCGGUGCGCGCAGAGCUCGACGCCCUUGCAAACAUGGACCACACGCGCUGGGAGGACGGCUUUGUGUCUGGUGCGGUGUACCACGGCGAGGACGAGCUGCUGAAGCUGCAGACCGAGGCCUUUGGCAAGUUCACCGUGGCGAACCCCAUCCACCCGGAUGUCUUCCCUGGCGUGCGCAAGAUGGAGGCCGAGAUUGUGGCAAUGGUGCUCCACAUGUUCCAGGCCCCUCCGGGAGCUGCUGGAGUGACGACUUCUGGCGGCACUGAGAGUAUCCUGAUGGCGGUGCUUUCUGCACGCCAAAAGGCCUACAACGAGCGUGGAGUUACGGAGCCCGAGAUGAUCCUGCCUGCGACCGCACACACGGCUUUCCGCAAGGCUGGCGAGUACUUCAAGAUCAAGAUUCACUACGUAGACUGCCCUGCUCCCACGUAUCAAGUAGAUGUUCGCCGCGUCUCGCGCCUCAUUAACAGCAACACCGUCCUGCUUGUCGGCUCUGCGCCCAACUUCCCCCACGGCAUCAUCGAUGACAUUGCAGCCCUGAGCAAGCUCGCCCAGCGUAAGAAGCUCUGCCUGCACGUGGACUGCUGCCUCGGCUCGUUUGUCAUUGCCAACCUCGAAAAGGCCGGCUUCGAGUCGACGCUCUUCGACUUCCGCCUCAAGGGCGUCACCAGCAUCAGCUGCGACACGCACAAGUACGGCUUCGCACCCAAGGGCAGCUCCACGGUGCUGUACCGAAACGCCGAGCUGCGAUCCUACCAGUACUUUGUCUCUCCCGACUGGGCAGGCGGCGUCUACGCGUCGCCCGGCAUGGCGGGAUCGCGGCCUGGAGCGCUGAUUGCCGGCUGCUGGGCCAGCAUGAUGCGGCUGGGCGAGGCGGGCUACGUAGACGCCUGCGUCAAGAUUGUGGGGACAACCAAGAAGAUUGCCGAGGCGAUUCAGAACGGCCCCGUGCUGGGCGGCGAGCUGGACCUCAUCGGCAAGCCGCUGGUGUCGGUCGUCGCCUUCAACGCCAAGACGCUCAACGUGUAUGACAUCGCCGACGGCAUGUCAUCCAAGGGCUGGCACCUCAACGCGCUACAGAGCCCCCCCGCCAUCCACGUCGCAGUGACCAUGCCCAUUGUGAAGGUGUGGGAGCGGCUAGUUACCGACCUGGAGACGGUGGUGGAGGAGGAGCGCGAGAAGGAGAGGGUGCGGCUGGUGGAGGGCAAGGGGGCCAAGGGCAAGGCAAUGGGCGACUCUGCGGCGCUGUACGGCGUGGCGGGAUCGCUGCCGAACAAGGGCGUGGUUGUUGAUCUGGCGACAGGGUUCCUCGACUUGCUGUACAAGGUAUGA